AUGACCGGCUAUUAUACAUUUCAAACAGCAUUAGAUAAUGUAUUAAAACGAGCUAAACUUGAUAUUGAACAAAUAAAUGUGGUACGAUUACGUAUUGCAUAUCAUAAUCUAUAUCCUGAAAAACUGUUAACUAAUUUAAUUAAUAGUGGAAAUUAUGGUUUACAAACACAAGCUAUUAGUGAUUAUCAGAGAACAAUACAACGGUAUCAACGUGAAAUUGAUGAUCUGAAAAAAAUGAUGAUUGAACAUGAAGAGAUAAUAACUGAACAAAGGAAAAUAAUUACUGAAUAUCAGGCAACUAUGGAUCAACAGCAAUCAACUAUAGAUAUGCAUAAAGCAACCGUUGUUGAACAUCAAUCAACCAUCGCUCAACAAUAUCAAACUAUCGAUCAAUAUCAACAUAUGAUCGAUGAACUUCGAGACAUAAUAUCUGAGCACGAAAAAAUCAUCGGUCAACAUGAAGCAACUAUCGUUGAACACCAAGACACAAUAGUCAAAUACGAAGAAACCAUUGGUGAAAAUGAAGCAAUAAUAGCGGAACAAGCCCGAAGUAUUGAUGAACAACAAAAAUUGAUUGUUCUGGGUGAUAAUGACAGAGAUGCUCUUCAAGAACAAUAUGGUUUGCUGAAACAAGAAAAUGAAUCAAUGAAAGUUGAAAACGAUGUUUUAAUGAAGAAGUCCAUAUCUAUGGAUAACUGUAUGAAAACAAUACAAGAAGCGAUGAACGGUAUAGACUAA